AUGGGGCGAGCUGCCGGUGGCAAAUCAUUUGGAUCGAUGUCAUCAGCCUCGGAAGAUAAAUCUCCCGAGCUGAAUCUGUGGAAAUUAACAUUGGAAGUAAAACUGCUCUUGAACGAUGAGAAAUUCAGGGUGCCGUGCCCCUGUAGCCAAGCUGAGGAAACCCAACCAAUUAAAUGUGGCCAACGAAAUAAGGAAGGUGUUCUGGGAGCCCUCAAUUUCGCCAUUCCUCCCUCUGGCCCCCCAGGUGAAAGUAAAUUUGGAGAAUUUCCCUGGACCAUUGACAUUACAAAUAAUCAGAGAUUGCUGUGUGCCGGUUCUCUCAUACAUCCCAAAGUUGUACUAACUGCAGGUCAAUGCCUAUUGCGACAAAUUGAUAAUAAAAAUUUAACAAUUCGCGCUGGCCUUUGGGAUCGCGAAGACAACAAUGAACGCUACCCUUAUCAAGUGCGAUCAAUUGAAAAGUUCAUCAUUCAUCCGAAGAUGGCUGCACGAAAAUACGACAUAGCUUUGGUGAUAGUUAAUGAAUCAUUUGUGUUGGCAGAUCAUAUCAACACCGUGUGUUUGCCUCCAGCGGACUAUGUGACACCCAAUGGAACGCUGUGCUAUGCCACCGGUUGGGGUAGACAAUCAAUGUUUGGUGAUAUAAGUCGCAGAAUGAAGCCUGUAACGUUGACAAGUUUAACGGGGGAGAUUUGUGAGAGAGAAAUGAAUACACAAUUACAUAGUUCAGUGAUAUGUGGCUUGGGGCAAAAUGGCAAUGAUACAUGUGCUGGCGAUUCUGGUGCGCCGCUGGUAAGUCGUAUCGAAGCGGAGGAGGAAAUUUAUCAUCAAAUUGGAAUCACGUCUUUUGGUGCGGCAUGUUUUGCUGGCAUUCCCGGGGGUUAUACCAAUGUUGCCCGACUACGAGGAUGGAUUGAUUCGCAGAUGAGAGAACAUGGACUGGAAACCUCAACCUACACAUAUGAGUAA